UCAAUUCUCCGCUUUUCUCCCUCGGCUCCCACUCUGUCUUGUCAUCGUCGCGUCUCUUUUCUCUUCUCUAUUCUCUUCUCUUUCAAACCCCCAAAUCCCCCAAUUUCACGAAGAAAUAAUAAUAAACAGAGUCCUAAUUACACUUCUCUAAUGGCGUCGAGCGGUCACACUAAUUUCAAUGCUAAACUCGUAUUAUUGGGCGACAUGGGAGCUGGGAAAUCGAGCUUAGUAGUGCGAUUCGUGAAGGGCCAAUUUUACGAAUUUCAAGAAUCAACAAUCGGAGCUGCGUUUUUCUCCUCUACGGUGUCGGUCAACAACACUACAGUGAAGUUCGAGAUCUGGGACACGGCUGGCCAGGAGCGGUACCACAGCUUGGCUCCGAUGUACUACAGAGGUGCCGCUGCCGCCAUUAUCGUCUUUGAUGUUACUAAUACGGAUUCAUUUGAACGAUCAAAGAAGUGGGUCCAAGAAUUGCAGAAACAAGGUAAUCCAAACAUGGUUGUUGCACUUGCUGGGAACAAAGCUGAUUUGGAAGACAAAAGGAAGGUGACUGCUGAAGAGGCACGCUUAUAUGCUGAGGAAAAUGGUCUUUUCUUCAUGGAGACUUCUGCAAAAACAGCUCUUAAUGUUAAUGAUAUUUUCUAUGAAAUAGCUAAGAGGUUGCCCAGAGCUCAACCUGUUCAAAAUCCAGCAGGGGUGGCACUUACUGAUGGACAAGCAGGAGGAUCCAGAGCAGCAUGCUGUUCUUAAGGAGGGACGUCGUGUCAAUAUCAGCAAUUGAGGACAAGAAAGACCCCAAAUAUGGAGUUAUGUGAUUGCCCGCCCGUCCUAUAUGGCUAUAUGUUGGAAUUUAAAGAGUGUACGAUAAAUUACAUUGUUGGCAAAAAUGUAUUCUCUAGUGGAUCUUACCAGUAGUUGUACAUGAUUUGAUGAUUGGAAUAAAUAUCCAUCUGAGUUGGACAACACGCAACGCAUUUCUUUUUACC